GGUGGCAUCCGUUCCCCUCUCUGCACAAUUAUCAGCCACAAUUUGAUCUGAUCCAUUGCAAAAAUGCGUCUUUUUAUAAUUUCCAUUGCCAUCAUGGCCACUUUGAGUCUCACGAGUGGGGGGAAACCUGAUAAGUGUCCCGAUGAAUGCCUUCUCCCCAAAGAACCCGGCGGUCCUGGGAAGAAGCCCUUCACCCGCUACUAUUUCGACCCGGAGACCAAAUCCUGCACCAAAUUCGGUUAUACGGGUCGCAACGGAAACGCCAACAAGUGGAUUCUUCGCGCCGACUGUGUCGCCAAGUGUGAAGAGGUGCCAGCAUGUCUUGUGAACGCGAACAGGACUGAUGACACUACCACCACCACCAGGACAACUUCUAACACGUCGUCCCAAUAAAAAAGACAGGACAGAAUACCCGAAAAAGUACACAACAUUAUUAACAAAGUAGGUAGUCGUGAUCGUGAUCGUGACGGCAUUUAAUUAGAGUAACACUUCUUACGUAUUAUGUUUUUCUUGAUGGCGUAACUUGUAAUAAAAUACAAUGUGUACACUCUAAAUAAUGUGGUAAUAAAAAUAGUUGUAAAAAUAAUUUGUUACCGAACGGUAGCAAUAAUUAUCUACACAAAAUUUAAAUCUGAUUUGUUAAUAUGAAACGCUGUAACCGAUUUCAGGCAAAUUACAUGGAAAAAUAUUACCAGUUUCGGUAAUAAUUUUAUCACCGCAUUAUUUCCCGUGUGUUUGUACGCAUUUUUUGCCUGUCUCAAUUCUCCUGAAAUUCUGGGCCCGUCCCGUCUCUUGGGUGAAGGUCUCAGUAAAUUUGGCCGUGGAGAAAGUGAGAAAAAGAGGAGAAAAGCAUGGUGAAAGUCAGACUCGGGUUUCAGUCUGUGUUCAGAUUUCUCGGAAUUGUGUUCUCCAUUCUUCUUCUCUGGCGUGUCUCCACAAUCUCAAUCGAAUCGAGAGAUUGACCAAGUUUCUUCUCGUGUAAAAACUUUCUCUCAACUUUUCCCACUUUACUUUCGUGGUCUGGUGGGGAUGAAUAAGUAAUAAAAAAAAUUGGGUCGGAAUUUUUGACUUUCAUUUGACGACUUAAUAUGUGGCAUUUUUUGCAUGAAUAUUUAGUUGUAUAACGAAUCGUGAUUAACUUUUGGAAGAAUUGAUUGGAAAUUCCAAAUUUUUGGGAAUCGGCAAAAUUCAUCUAGAAAAUGUUUCUAAAUUUGUUUAUUUAUUAAGAGAACCUUAUCGACUUUAAACCUCGCAAAUUAAAAAAAAAUUAAAAACUUAAAAUUACCUUAAAACUCGCAAAAAAACAAACAAAUUUUUUCAAAUUUCUUACCAAAUUCAUGGAGUGCUAAAAUUGUUGACAAAUUAAUACUCGAAGUUAUCAAAUAAUACCAUUUAUCGUAUGUUUAAAAUACAUCUGAAAAAGCUUAAAACCAAUUUACAACGUAAAUUAUAAAUUUCGACAGUAGGUCCUCUCAAAGCUCUAAAAAAGAUCAGAUUUUUCUGCUCAUCGCUCAUUCUGAUCUUUUCUGCUCCGCUGUGCGCAUGCGAUUUCGCUCAAAAUCAGAUUUUCUUGCUCAAGAAAAAAAUCGAGUUUUGGGUUGAUUUUUUCUCUCAUAAUCCUGCUCAUUCUGCUCCACAUCAGCACAUCAGCUGUUUGUUUACUUCAAUUAUUCGCUAAAAAAUUAAGCAAAGUUUUCUAAAAAAUAUUCUUUAUCAUUAUGGGUCCCAAGACCAAGGUUAAGAGUACCAGCGUCGAAAAAGUUGCAAAUCCCGUAAUUUGUCGUAACAAACGUAGUGUCGUGGAGGUAGGCGGCCGAAAAACUUUUCACUCGACACCACAAAUAAAAAUUGACACGGCACAUUAUCUAUGUCGUCGACAAUUACAUUUUUAAGGUAGCCAAACACACUGAAUUCCUUCGUCGUCUCCAAGAUGCUUUGGCCCUUAGCUGCGAAGAAAGUCCUAAAUAUAAGAUUUAUAAUUGUUUAUUGCUGCUGCAUAAAAUGAAUUAUUUGAGACAAAUGCUGUCCGGUAAUUCUCCUGCAAUAUUUUCAUAGACUGGCACAGCUUCAUCUUAAAAAUAUCAGGGGCUUGUUGUUCAACUCCAUUAAAACCAUAUUACGACCACAUAAAAAUAAAUAAAUAAUGAUAAAAAUUCAAAUAUCUCUUGACGUUCAGUUAUUUGGGCCAUUUUGUGAAUUAUGAAACUGCAUUUAGAACCAUGAAAAUGAUAAACAAAUGAUUGAACUUCCAACAAAUAAAGAUCACGAUUCUCAAGAAUUAUGAUCGAUAAAAAAAGUGGUACGUUCAAGGUUUGAGCAGAAAAAUCUGAUUUUUUAUUUUUCUGAUCAUUGCUCAUUUCGCUCAUUUUUUGAGUCUUGAGAGCUCCUAGUAAAAAUAUACAAACUAAUAAAUAAAUAAGUGAACAAUUUUAAAGUGUAAAAUUCUGCAAACAAAUUCGCGAAAUUUUGACCUUAUUAACUUUAGCUUUCCUGGGCUAAGUGAUAGAUAAGCAAUAUUUAGAAGAUAACUUCUGCUCCCUAUAUUUCUGUGAUGAUGGCGGGAUUGUUCUUGUGGGGGGUGUGGUUUUUGAUGUUACUGCCGAGUGGGCACCCCUCAUACUCGACCCUCCUGCCCAUGAUCAUCGACUACGAUUCGGAGGAGGACACCACGACCUCGACGGCCGAACCACUCCCAUUCUUCUCGCCAGACAACCCCACCAACAUCACCGUCCACCUCGGAUCAACGGCCUUCCUCCACUGCAAAGUCACCCUGCUCAACGAUAAAACGGUGUCCUGGGUGAAACAAAGCGGUGAGGGGGACGGUCAAGUGAAAUUGUUGACCUUUGGGUUACACACGUACUCGCAGGAUACCCGUUUAAGCAUCAACUUUGAGCAGCCGGACGACUGGAAGUUGCGGAUUCAAGGGGUCGAGAAGGCGGAUGGGGGGGCAUAUGCUUGUCAAGUCUCGUCCCACCCACCGCAAGCGAUGGGGGUCAAUCUCACCGUUAUUGUACCGAAGAUAAGCCUGGUGGACGAUCUGGGUCGAAAGAUGACGGAUAAGUACUACAAUUCCGGGUCGACGGUGGAACUCCGCUGUGUGAUUACACACCUCCCCCCGACAUACUCCAUCCUCUGGCGACAUAACAACCUCACCCUCAACUAUGACGCGUCCCGUGGUGGAAUAAGUGUGAAAACCACAAUGAGGAAGGAGGGCGCUGUCUCCGUGUUGUAUAUUGCGAACGCCAAGCAGAAUGAUUCCGGACCUUAUACCUGCGCCCUGGGUGGCCUCACGUAUAACACGAUCCUCGUCCAUGUCAUGGCCGGAGAGACGCCCGCAGCAAUGCAACACUCAAACCACGCCGUCAACAACCACCCCCACCAAAACCCCAUCAUCUUCUCCCUCUUUUCCUCUCUUACACUCAUCCUGACCCUGCCGGACCAUUGAGAGGGUGAUGAAUCAAAUCAAAAUGGUGAGGCGUGGCUCCCCUGUCCACCAAGAAGCCCAAAAGAAAUGACACACACACAGAGUUUAUUUAUCUCGGAGCCGACACACAAGAAUUAUUAUACGGGAGAAAGUGAAAGUAAAUUAUAUCCAAAGUGAAAGUAGAUCAAGUUAUAUAAACCCCGACCGACUUUUUUCUAAGUAAAGUACACACAAUCCAAUUUAUCCUAUGUAACUUUAUGGUACGUAUUGUAAAGGAAGGAAACUCGGAAAAAUGAAUGGAAUGAAUGGUGGAAUGAAAUAAAAAAAUUAUUUUGAUGGAUCAUUUUA